AUGGCUAAUUUCCAUGCUAGAUCAAACAGCUUUCCUUCACAAUCUCACCCUAUGGUGGAAUCCGUUGAGGAUCAGCUGUGCAGACUGAAUUCAUCAGGGGCCACAUCCACGUCAACCUCUUCUACAUGUGCAAACUUGGAUGGCAUCAGAAAUUUACAUGAAGCAUCAGAAUUCGUAAAUGAGGUGCUCCAGGGAUCUCUCAGGCUUGUGGAUCUCUGUCAAUUUUCUAGAGACAUUGUACGAUUAACAAAGGAAUCUGUUCAAGAUCUUGAAUCCUCAAUCAGAAGGAACAAAGGAGAAACUGUCUCAGUUAUCGACAUUGAUUGUUAUGUUGCCUCAAGGAACAAGAUCAAGAAGAUGAUCAACAAGACAGUGCUUAAAGAAGCAGAUGCCCACACUCUCUUGACACUAAAAUCAGUGCUAAUGCUCAUGUCUGGUGAAAAGGAAAGUUCAAACCAAAGAAACUGGUCUUUGCUCUCAAAGUUCGUGAAGACUAUUAAGCCAGAAAACUGUGUCGAGGAGCUUUGUUCAGUGGACAUUCCCAAGUCAAAAAAAGGCAUGGACUGCAUCACUUCUGAAAACAUGCUGAAGGAGUUGAGAGCAUCCGAAAUGACAAUCCAGGAACUUGAUGAAGGAUUGGAAGCCUUAUUCAGGAAUCUAAUCAAAACUAGAGUUUCUCUUCUUAAUGUUCUUAGUAAUUAG